AUGUCGUCACCACCACCCUCCAACCCCCUCAAACGGCCAUCUAUCUCCUCCUCGGCCUCACAACCGCUCGGCAAAAAGCCGCGCAUGCAUCCACUGCGCCAGACCUCUUUCCCUGCACACAUGGACGCCGGCGAGCGCAGUUUCGGGGCCACAAGUGAUGCCGGAAGCGUGACAGGGAGCUUUACAGGGAGUCUCGGUGGAGCGAGCGCGGACGGAGUCUUUUCUGGUGCAGCAAAAGGCAAGAAGCGAGGACGGAAGAGCAAGGCCGAAAAAGAACGUGAGCGGGAGCGCGAAGAUGCCCUUAGCGCCAGGGCAGGAGAUUCUACACGAUUUGGGUCCGUUGAUAACGAGGGCUCGGUUCGAGGAGGUCCUUCUGGCGGUGGAGGAGGAGGCGGCGGUGGUGCAGAUGAUGGAGACGACGAUGACGACGAUGACGAGGGUGAGCUCCUUGGGCGGGAAGAGGGGACUACAGAUACUGAGGCCGAGAAGAAGAACCUUGCGAUCCUGGUUGAUGCUUUUAACCCUAUGCAAUCAGAGAGAUACGACCUCUUCAAGCGAGCGAAGCUGCGCAAAGAAACGCUCCGCCGUAUUGUCAAUCACGCUCUUUCUCAAUCCGUGCCUGCCAGCGUGGUGACCACAGUCAACGGUUUCACCAAGGUCUUUGCUGGUGAAAUGAUUGAAAUGGCACGAACGGUUCAGGUCCAAUGGGCCGACGCACACGAUCUAGCUGCACGAGAUGCAUUCGAGGCCGAAGAAGCCGCCGCCGAAGCCGCUGCACAGGCCAGAGCGUCAGGCCUUCCCCAAAACUCGAAACCCUCAACACCAACCCCGGGAGGCACCCCAGUUCCCGGCCCUGGCAGCGGAGUCAAGAAAGAACCUCAUGACUCCGACCGCACGCCUGCAUCCUCUAUCCCUCCUCACUCAUCUUAUCCCGGUACCCCUCUACGUCCUAAGCGUGAAUUCCGCCCUCCUCCAAACCCGCACCGUGGUCAGCUUCUUCCUUCACACUUACGCGAAGCCGUACGGCGUGUGAAGCGUGAUGGUGAGGGUGGUGGUGUUGGAUAUUCUGGGUUGAGUAUGGAGAACUUGGGGGUUCGCGGUGCGUUUACGUGGAACUCUGGAAGUGGUGGUGGAAGACGGCUGUUUCGAUAA